AUGAAUACUCUUCACAGAGUCAGAGAUCAUGAACAGCGUGUCAAGGUAUCAGCAUUGCUGGGAUUUGACGAGAGCCGGAUUAUCGCUUUCCAAAUUGGCCAUGGCAGCCCUUCAAAGCUUGGCCUCAAAUUAGGACUGACCAUUCCCAGACUAAAAACAACCUCUGAAACUUCGACAUCCUAUUCCUAUGGCACAAUUCAGUCUCCCAACGAUUGGCGGCAUGAAACAUCAACAACACGGUCCACCUCAGCAAACGAUAUCCAGCAAUCAAUGCACUCGGAUCAAGACUCUGUUGGACAUUUUAGACGAUGGUCGCUGCCAACCCUACCAAGUUUCGACUCUAUUGCAACUGUGGAGGCCGUUGAACUGGACAGUAUUGUUGUGGUAGAUCAAGACGUCAUUUCUCCGGCUGCCGAACCUGUAAAUGAAGGAUUGUCACCAGAUGGAAUCUCAUGGCCAUCUUCAUCGCUGUAUGGAGCUCUGCCAACUCGGUCGCUGUUGGCCUCGUCUCGAAGCGUCCUCAGUAAAAGCAAUCGCAAGCUCGGCUACCUAUUCCCAGAUGCACCUCUUGAUAUCACGAUCCCGGAAAUCGAAGAAUUAAGACUUCCUGCUCUACUUUCCAGCAGAAUUCCGCUCCUGUGGUUCCUUGCAAUGACGCUGUACGAACAGAACGCUGAGAAUUUGCUCUUUUGGGUGGACUCGAAACUAUUUGAAGAAAAAGUACAUUCUAAUAGAGACAACUCGGCCGAGGUCAUCUUCCACACCUAUUUGGCAUCUGAUGCAGCACUCGAAAUCAAUGUAUCGCAUCGAUGUCUCAGAGUGGUAGUCGAUGGGGUUCGGAAAGGAACUAGAACGUGUUUUGCUCGUGCACGAGAGGAAGUCUUGGCCAACUUGGAAAUGGCAUUCUCACGAUUCUACCCGUCACAUCCGCUUUACGUGCUGAUGAGUACUGAUCUGGGCUUCUCGAGGGUUGCGAGCAACCAAUCUAUAUCCAAGAUCAAGCAAGUCCUUAUUACUGCAUUAGUAGAACACCCCGUUCACGAAAACAUGCCAUCUCAAAUCAGGCGUCGUAAUGAAUACUUGCACGCCAAAGUAAAGGCCGUAGCAGCUGAACUCUCAUAUGGAACCCUGAAUCUAUAG